AUGGAAAGAAAGGCAAUGAAAAUAAGCUAGCGCCUGUUAAGUCUGCGUUCAUGUCUUUAACGGAUUGAUUCUUGAUGCGCACGCAUAUUUGUCACAUAACAGAAAUGAUGUAAGGGAAUAAUAUUCAACACAUUCAUUAUUUGUGCCAGGAUAGAUUGGCCUCGAUGCACUUCGAAGCGUCCCCGAGCUAGCUUAGCUUGCUAUCUGCUAACAAAGAAACGCGGAAGUUAUCAACACGGACCUAAGCAGAGACCAAGUGCAGUUGUGACUUGUUGUGAUUGCGUGAAAAUGUGCGAAAGAACGAUAGAGUACGAAGAGGAACUUUCUCCAACAAAAAUGGUGAACGAGAAAGAACUUUUGGACGCUGUUUUCAAGCCUCGCGUUGACUUCAACACAUCAGAGGUCAGUGACGAACAACUCGCCACUGACCACUGGCCAUGGAGAUCCAGGGUGGAGCAGGAGGAGCCACGGCCCCCCCACAUUAAAGAGGAAGAGGAGGAGCCACGGCCCCCCCACAUCAAAGAGGAGGAGGAGGAGUACAGCAUCAGUCAGGAGGGAGGGCAUCUCGAAGAGGGUCAAGUGAUUCGCGUCAUCGUGAAGAGUGAAGAUGAGGACGAUGAAGAUGAAAGUGAGGAGAUGAGGGAGACAGAGCCUCCCGGCAGCAGCGGCUACCGCUGUGGGGGCCCACAAGGGGGCAGCCUCCUAGCUCCACUAUCAGAUAGCGAGGACGUGACGUCCAACUCCGCUGACAGCGACGAUGGCGUCCCCAAAGCCGCCAUGACGUGCCACCCCGACAGCUCCCGCUGGAAAUGCUCUCAGUGCAAGAAGUGUUUCUACGACAGCAGCACCCUGAAGAGACACAUGGCCUGCCACAGUGACAACACGCACUGGAAAUGCGAUGAGUGUGACAAAACCUUCAAGCAGAAGAGCAAUCUGAAAAGACACAUGAGGUAUCACACAGGAGAGAAACCGUUCAUCUGCUCAGAGUGCGACGAAAGAUUCUACGAGAAGGCGCAUUUGAUCGCUCACACCAAGAGACACAACGGCGAGAAAGCGUUCCCCUGCUCCGUGUGCGGGAAAAGAUUCUACGAGAAAGCGCGUAUGAUGGUACACAUAAGAACACACACCGGAGAGAAACCAUACUCCUGUUCAAUCUGCGGUAAGAAUUUCUCUGUAAAAAGUAGCUUGUUAAUUCACACUAAAAUUCACACCGGAGAAAAGCCUUUCACAUGCUCGGUGUGUGGGAAAAGGUUCAUUCGCAACGCUGGGUUGAUAGCACACAUGCGAAGACACACGGGAGAGAAAAUCUUCAGUUGCAGCGUCUGUGACGGGAGGUUCUCCUACAAGUACCAGGUCAACAACCACAAGUGCGCCGGGGAGACCAGCAGCAGUCAGUGAGGCUGCACGACGUCGUCUGUGCUCUCUCAAGCCGCUUGUUGGCGCUGUGCCGUGCCGAGCAGUGCUCAGCCGUGCCGUGCCGUGCCGAGCCAUGCCGUGCCGAGCCAUGCCGUGCCGAGCCAUGCCGUGCCAUGCUUAGCUUGCCUGUGCCCAGCAGUGCUACUUUCUGUUGAGUGUUGUGACAUUCAUCAUUUAUGCACGGCUUAAAGUAUUCGGGCGUUUCAACAUGACCAACAAAAAAAAGAAUCUGCCGGACCCGUCAUGACACAUGUGAUUCACGUUUGAGCCACUAGAUGGUGCUUGGGUAUAGAGUGCCGGUGUGAACCACAUUAGCUGAAGACAGGAAGUACCCGUAGUAUGUUUGUUGUUGGCUAGUUGCAAGCUGAGAUAAGUAAAACAAGUUCAAGAUCAACCAUUAAGAAAAACAAGCUAGUCUAUGCUAUGCGGAUGGAGCCGAACCCGAAUACGAUUUUCGGAACGGCACGAAUAAUGACUUUUAACGAAUAAUUAAUUUGAACAAAUACUUUUUAAAUGUUUGUAUCGGGGAAAAAUUAAAACCUAUCAGAAAGCUGCCUUUCUUUGUGAGACCGCAGUGCAUGCCCGGAUCAGCCAAUGAGUGACUGGGGUUCAGCAGUCGGGGGUGGAGCCAGAGCAGUCUGCCCGCCCCUCACAAGUCACGGAGGAGGAGGAGCCUGAACUUAUUAGCAUCCGUAUUUUGCUUUGUAAACAUCCUACCUAUCACCUCAACUGGGUUUAUCAGGUAUCAGUUUAUCAGGCUUGAUCAGUAGUAGCCGAGUUUGAGAAGAUGGAUCCGUUGGCCUGCAUUUAGUUGCUAUUUACUUCUGGGGGUUAGCUCUGUUAGCAUUAGCUCGCUAACGUUAAGGCUGUUGACAGUGUAGCGUUCACAUUGGCUUUAAACGGUUUAGGAAGUAAGGCUUGGGAACUUGGGUACAAUUGGAUGCACUUCUGGCUGGUAUUUGGUGGGGGGGGUCGUGUUCACAUUAAUAUUUUAGUAGUUUUGGUUCACACUUAUCGAGUUUGUGAUUUGAAGAAACAUGUUUGCUCUUUCAUCGCUGAGCACGAUUUAUCAUUUAUCUUUCACCAUUCCUCAACUGCUCGUGGAUAAAAAUAUAUAUUUUUGGAGCCGACGUG